AAAAAAGACAAAACAAUUGACAAGCUGAACUCGGUCCAAAAUAAAGUGUUUGCCAAAUUCUCAACCUUAUCCUCGAGCUCCAUACUCGAACUUCAAGGACAUCAACACGUCCAUCACCUCUAACCUCUCACCUUUCGAUUUGUUUGUCUAGUUGCUGGCAGCAUUUCUCAUCACCAUUAAUACCCACAUUCCUUUCAUCACCACAUUCUUUAACCACUGUCAACAAACUGUCAACAACCUUCAACAACCUUCAACAACAACUUUGUCCUUCGUGUUCUUUCAAGGAAACACUAUUGGAGCUUCAUAUACAUUGCAUCAAAUCAUGUUAUCAUUUCACAUCCUACUUCUUUUUUUUUCAGUCUCCAUCUUUGCAAUAAUUCCAAUUGGUGAAGAUAGAUUCAUUUCUACCAAAAGCUAUAAAGUGUCAAGUGUCCAGCUACCUCCUCAAGGAUUUGAAAACUAUUUACAACUGUUGAAAGCUUCACCUCAAUCAAAAGGUUUGAAUAUCCAAAAAGAUAGUGACAAUAAUAACAAUGGUUCAUCAAAUUCAACGGUGCUGAACUUGAAACCUGGUAUCACCACAUUACAAACAGAUGAAAACAAUGAAUGUUAUUUUGUCAAUACAACUAUUGGGAAGAAAGAGUUCCCAUUAAUCAUUGACACUGGAUCUGCUUACCUUUGGGUUUAUGGUGAUAAUUGUACGGAUAGUGCUUGUCAGAAUAAUGCAUUAUACACACCUGCCAGUUCAGAGAGUUCAACUUCGACUUUUGCCUUAGCUUAUGUCACAGGAACUGCAAGUGGUCAAGUUGUUGAAGAUAAUAUUAUUGUUAAUAAAUUGGCAACUACUCAAAAAUUUAAAUUUGGUAAAGCUGAUAAAGUUCCUGAUUUUUUCAAGAAUUAUCCAGUAUCUGGUAUAUUUGGACUACCUUCUAAUGAUUCAUCAGCUAUUCAGAGUAUUAUCUCAGCAUUAUAUGAUUCACAUGCUAUUUCUAUUGAGAAAUUUUCAAUAAGUUUGGGGAACAUUUCAAAUUCAACAGAUUAUCCAAAUUCAGGUAUUUUUGCAAUUGGUGACCCAAUCAAAGAAUUAUACAAAGGUGAUAUUCACUAUUCAGACUUGAUUGAAAACGACAGUCAUUAUUGGUUAAUCCCAAUUGAAUCUGUGACAUUGGAUUCAUUUGAUGUUAAUUUCACCAAUCCUGUUAAUCUUGGUGACGGUCAAGCAAAUUCAUCAACUUCAAGAAAGGCCAUUGUGGAUAGUGGUACAACUGUUCUUGCCCUGCCAAAACAAGAUGCUUUAGAUCUACACAGUUACUUCACAAAUUCAAUCACUGAUGGUACAAAUUUUGCAAUUUUGUGUAAUUCAUCAUUUAACAUUGGGCUCAACAUCAACGGCCAUGAUUGGACCAUAGAACCAGAAAACUAUCUUGGUGCCAAAUAUUCAGACCCUUCAAUGGCAGGCUAUUGUGUUUCAAAUAUCCAAGGUAUUGAUUCAGCUGCUGCUGAUUCUUGGAUUCUUGGCGCUGCAUUCUUGAAGAGUGUUUAUGCUGUGUUUGACGUUAAUAAUCAACAAAUUGGAUUUGCAACCAAGAAUGAAGAUGUUGUUUUAACUUCAACAUCCACAUCUCCAUCUUCAUCUGCUAUACAAACAAGCUCUGCUGCAUAUUAUGGGAACUCAUCAUCUAUAAUGACUUCAUUAUCAUCCAAUUCAUCUGCAUCAACUUCUGCAUCAAAGACAUCUCACAAAGCUGCUGAACAAUAUGGGACUUGA